AUGGUUGACAUGAUGAGUGAGAGCAAAUCCAUCAGAAUAAUUGACAAAUAUGAACUAGCUUGGAGGCCACAAAUCCAGCAGAGUGCAUAUGAUGUAAUUUUCAAUUAUUACAUAACUUUGGAGGCCACGAAUCCGGCAGGCGGUUCUUGUUUAACUUUCCAGGUGCGUUUGUUCAGAGAUAACACUGUAAAAGGAGCUUACCACAAAAUAAUGACCGAAGGUUGUAGGAUCAAACCUGAAAUUCCAGGUACAAGAGAAAUAAUACAUCUAUGUGAUUUCAAUGGAGAAGUUUACAAAGACAGUCUACCUGAUUGGUAUUCAGAUGAUGCAUUGCAGCCCAAUGACCAGUUUUAUCAAGUGCAAGAUUCAGAUAUUCUUGAAAACGAUUGGCAUAAUCUGUAUGCUGAACUUGCCAUGUACGCACUGAAGGAAGACGACAUGUCCUUGUUCGAGACUUGGCUGCCUCUGAAGAUCAAGAAGGUCGUUGUGCAGACUUUUGAAGAUGUGAAAUCAAACGAAAAGCUCAAGGCCGGGAAUGCAAUCUUCUACACCAGUUUCAAGAACUUGAAUGCUCCUCCCCAUGGUCUGUGCCAAGAUCACCGAGUCAUCAUAAGAAGAAGCACUGAUGGGCUUCCAGGACAUGUUUAUCUUGACUUCAAGUCGUGCUCCGGUCAUAAUAUUUUCAAGGCAAGUUCGGUCUGA